GAACUCGUAAUCACUCGCUACACAUUCUUCGUCACUACUAACCCGAGACGUCUCAUAACCUCCACAAAAACCUCAUCCAUGGCGAUCCGUACCUACAUCUCAGCAACAUCCACAACUCCGCCGAUUCCUCAGGAUCCUUCACGCAGUCCUCUCCCAACCAAAAUCAUUCUACCAAACAAGAAACCGGAGAAAUGGUCCACCGGCGUCGCUCCCGGAGAGUACGGUGGUCCUCCGACCACCACGAAGCUCCGGAAGUACUGGGGAGGAGAGAAAGAAGACCCCAUUACCUCCAAGGACUUGAUAUGGAACAGAGACUUCAUGGAUCAGAUGAAGAAGCUGUUCGAUUCCCCUGAUGAUGCUCCUCUCGACCCAUCUCCCUCUAAGGAAGAGUCAUCUGGGUUUCUGAGCUUUAAUAGAGUUAUGAGUCUUGACAGUAUGGAUGUUGACUUAAGCAAAGAGCUUGCUUCGCCUUCUAAAUCCGUCUUAAGAGAUCUUGAAGCCUCCAAAUCCGUAGCCAAUAGGCAGAUGAGUAAAGCUAGAGUGUCUCCUAAAUGGAAGCUGGCACCUACGCGUCGUGAGCAAGAUAAAUGGGAUAGAGCAACCAAGGCUGCAACUGGUGGCAGUGAUGUGAUGUUAAGGGACCUGAGGCGGCCACGUGGUGAUCCCCAAGUGUUGGCUGCUGAAUCCAGGGAACAAUAUUACAAGCUGAAGGAUAAGCUACAGCUUCUCACAGUUGGCAUUGGUGGUGUAGGUUUAGUCUCUGCUUAUAUUUCAUACACCCCAGAGAUUACACUUAGUUUUGGUGCUGGCUUGAUGGGUUCGUUAGCAUAUAUGAGAAUGCUUGGUAACACUGUAGAUGCCAUGGCAGAUGGAGCCAGAGGAGUUAUGAAAGGUGCAUCUGGACAGCCACGUUUGCUUGUCCCCGUUGUGUUGGUUAUGAUAUUCAAUAGAUGGAACGCAAUACUUGUUCCUGAGUAUGGAUUCAUGCACUUGGAGUUGAUACCAAUGUUGGUUGGCUUCUUUACUUACAAAAUUGCUACAUUCUUUCAAGCCAUAGAAGAAGCCAUCACCAUUUCUACUCAAAAGACCGAUGUCUAAAGCCACCCAGCUUCAGUGUCUAUAUAAACAAGUUUAGAUUGUUAUGUGUUCAUCAUUUCCAGAUAAAGGCCGGUGAUUAGGUCAAAGUCUGUUGUAAGAAAAUGUAUUCAUACUAAAUAAACUCAUAUUAUAGCAGCAAAUUACCAAGAGAUAUCAUAAGUUCAUAAGAUAAUCAUUUCUAUGAUAACUUAAUUUUUGAUA